AUGCUUUCCAGGUACCUGAGUCGAGCAGUGCUCGCUGGCGCGGUUUUUCAGUUCGCCGCUGCGCAACAGUCUGAGAUUGUUCCGCAGGAGCUUCAGGGUGGAUUUGAGUCGAGCGGUGUCGAACUUCAGGUGUCGUAUACCGGCGAUGCGGUCAACGGCUUCCUCGAUGGGGCGUCAUUUUCAAAAGACGAGGUGUCCGAGGAGCCUACUUUCGCCCUGGGCGACAGCUCCGCCAUCAGCAGUACAACCCUCUACACCAUCAUCAUGAUCGACACCACCGACGACGACGCGCGCACGCUGCACUACGCCCGCGCCAACUUCAAGUACAACUUCGACAUCGUCAAGAUCGAAACCCAAGACCAGCCUCUGCUCGAGUACAAGGCUCCCGGCGCGUUUGGCGAGACGGGCGACGAGCGCAAGUACAGCUUCCUGAUGUACACGAACCCGCAGCGCGAGGAGAUCACGGAGCUGAAGCUGCCCAGCGAGGGCGAGGCGUUCGACGUCAAGCAGUUCCAGGACGACAACGGGCUGCAGGAUGCGAGCGCGGGCAUCGGCAUGGUUGUCAAGUUGGGUGGUGGCUCGGAUACCCCAACCCCUUCGGAUACCCCUAGUUCCCAGACGCCGGAGAGCUCUGGUGCUGCUGAAGAAGCUUCUUCGACUCCGGCGUCCAGCGGCGCGAGCGCGACCAGUGCUGCUUCGGAGGUUUCAUCGGCUGAAGACACACCCACGCCGACGCCGACAGCCACAGCCACAGAUGAUGAGUCGCAGGACGAGACUUCUUCGGCGGCAGCUGGGCGGACUUCGGAUCUUGCUGUUGCAUCUAGCGCUCUAGAGACCGGUGCGUCGGCUGCUUCGACGGCUUUCCUCACGAGUGCGCAGCCUACUGCUGGUUCUCAGACGUCUACGGGAGGGCCGGCUCAGCAGACGGAUUCGGGCGCGUCGGGUCUUUCGGCCGGUACAGCCUGGGUGAUGGUUGCUGCUCCGUUCGUAGGGGCCUUGUUGGCUUGGUGA